AUGAGCGCGUACGAAGACGCGGUGCGAACGACGCUCGGCGCGCUCGCGCGCGCGCUCGACGCGAAGCGGUGCGACGCGACGCUCGAGGGCGCGUGGAAGCUCGACGUCGCGCGAAGCGAAUCGCUCGGCCCGUUCCUGCGCGCGCUCGGCGCGCCGCGAAUCGCGACGCCGAUCGCGGAUAACCUGCCGACGACGGUGACGGUGAAGUGCGACGACGACGGACGCGGAUUCGCGAUCGUGGACGCGACGGCGCUGAGCUCGAGGAACGAGACGCGCGCGCGAUUCGACGGCGCGGAGACGCUGCGAACGACGCGGGGAGGGCGGAAGCGGUUUUAUCUGUCGGGAGACGCGCGAGAGGGCGCGCUGGUGAUCGUGUGUCGAUUGUUCGAGCGCGGCGAGGGGUGGGCGACGGAGCAGAUUCGCGGGAUGGAUCCGAGCGGGAGCGGGAUGCUGCGAGAGCGAAACGUGCUCAAGCGACCGAACGGCGAGCCGGACGUCGUGGUCGAUCGGUUCUUUCGUCGAGUGGUGGAUUAG